AUGGUGCCGUCCAUCGAAAAGUUGGACUUCUUAGGUGCAGUGACGCUCCUUUCAUUCUCAUCAGAUGGAUCUUUGCUUUACGUUGGUGUAGGACCAACAAUUUUUCUUUAUGCAACUGCUACUGGAAAGCUAAUGAGUCAACACACUGUUUUGACGCGAGGCAUUCUACACGGCUGUGAUUUUGUCCGAUUUCCUGAUACAAAUGCUUUUGCCGGUGUUUUCUUUGGUCAAAAACAUGUGUCAUGCUAUUAUAAUUUGCCGCAAACUCCAGAGGAUGCGCGAACGCUUGAGAAGCUCAUGACAUUGGGCAAACCAAACGUGUUUUGUGACUGGGUGUUUGAUGCACACUUGUUGACGAACGAUUUUGCAUCGGAACAGAACAAGAAGCUGCUGGUUGCAGUCGGACUUGCACAUAAUUUUGUGCAGAUAUGGGACCCCGUGACUCGUGAUAUUUUACGUAGCAUCCAGUGUGCCGAGCGCUGCAUUUUGUAUGCGUUGGCUUUUCACGGACGAUCAUUGGAUGAGCUUGUGGUCGCUUCGGGAACGGUAUUUCAACAGAUUUUACUGUGGAAUCCGAUGGGAAAUGCAUUGAAAGACGUCAACACUGCCAUUGAACCGGUGCAACGGCUGCACGCUCACGACGGUGUCAUUUUCAAGCUGGCGUGGUCUUACGAUGCCCGCUCGUUGGCUUCCGUCUCGGACGAUCGCACCGUACAGUUGUGGUCGAAUAAUGGAAAUAUUAAGGUCGAUUUACUGCACUUGUCAAGGACACUAAACCGAGACGAACUGCUGCAGUGUGAGUACUCUCCAGUGUUCCGAGCUUGGGGUCACUCGGCCCGUAUUUGGGAUGUAUCUUUUUGGGAGCGCGGUGUCGUAACGGCGAGCGAAGAUGGUCUGUCUAAGCUCUGGGACCUAGAAGGUAAUUGUUUAGCCACGUUGCAGGGACACAUGGGCAGGAAUGUGUGGCGUGUAGCCGUCCCUCCGUCGCAAAAGAUGAUUGCCACGGGAGGCGGUGACGGUGCUGUAAAGCUUUGGGACAUCAGACGCCAGCUUAUGUCUUCUUCCGACGGGGGGUCGGCGGCAAGUGACUUGUGUAAAACUAUUCGCGUUCAUAUGACGAUAAUAUCUACUGAGUUGAUGAAGCAGAAGAAGGGCGGUCCAUCAUCUGGAAGUGUGCGAAACAUCGUACUCAGCCCUCUGGACAAUGGGAAGACGGCAUUUGUGGCCUCCGAGCAUGGCGAGAUUUUUCGUCUGGAUCUAUUGUCACUCACAGCAGAACUUGUUUUCGGUAUCCUUCCAACUGACGGCGCCCUUGUUCAACCUCGAAGUGGUGGACUGUCUACGUUUUCAAUCGAUUUCUCUGGGCGCUUCUUGUUACUUGGCGAAGUAACGGGUCGCGUGAGUCUUGUUAGAGCAUCUACAGGAACUCUAUUGUACUCGUGGAAUACCCAAAUCAAUGUUCGCGUUAUGAAAAUAUGGUGGGACCAGGAAGACGCUCUGUUCAUUAGUAGUGCUAGCGGCGUUCUCACUGAGUGGAGACCUAUCAUUGAAGAGGCAUGCGAUAGCUUGGCACCACUAUCCAUUACUACAAUGAAUCUUGUGGCAACGUUCAAGAUCCCAGCCAAGAGCUCAAUCUCAUCGAUUCUAGUAGUAGAUCGAUCACCUAAGAUCAAGAAUAUUGUGGGAGGUGACGGGCAUGGCAACGUGUAUAUAUUUCAUCGCCCGUGUACUCCGGAGGGCCAUAAUAUCGAGACUGAUGUAGUGCGGCCCCCCGGUCUCGUCCUUAAGAGCGUCCACGGACGUGAAUUGGUUGCAUCACUUCUACUCGGCGAUGCUAAAAACUGCUACAUUACCAUGUUUUCGGGGGGUCACGACGGGUACAUUUGCUCGUAUGCACUAAAAGAAGAUACUAGUGGAGCCCUGACAGCUACACAGCUAGGCCGCGAAGCUAUCCGAGGAAUCUCUACAGUCAAGCAGCUUCGGUGGAGACAACCGGCAUCAAACGACGGCAAGACAAAGAAUGAUCUCAUGGUAUUUGGCUUUCACGCGUCCCACGCUGUACUGUACAACAUGUCAGCGCAAUAUCGUGUCUUCAAGGUGGAAUGCGGUGGUUGGCGCCGCCCCCAUGCGCUUUGUAUUCGUAGUGAUGAGGUCAUGUCGGCCAUUCCCUCGCAUACCUUUGUGUUCACACCUCCAACGCAGAAGCAAUACGUUGACAUCAAAGUGCAUUCUACGUGUACUCUUUUGACUGAGCACGAGUCUACUGAGGCUUCUUCCGUUUUCUCUCGAUGCUCUCUGCACGACCACCAUCAUGGGCGGAUGACGACUUCUGUGGCUUUUCUUGAUCAUAGCCGUUUAGUUACUGCAGCAGAGGACAACAGCCUUAUGCUGCAUCGUCGCCGCGCGCAAUGCGAUCAAAAGAAAAGCUUGCGUUGGGGCAGCGUGGCUUCAGGAAUUGCCCAUACGACUACUGUUCGGGCGCUCACGACGUUCCGACGCAAGAAUUCUGAUGGCGUUGAAGAAUACGCCGUGCUGUCAGGGGGCGGGAAGCAGCGCCUAAAUGUGUGGCUAGUCUCUAGUGACUAUGACGACCUCCGACAUGUUUGUAGCCACGAACGUGCGGAAGCCGCUCAGGACCAUCGUAUCCUCGGGCUUGCUACGUUUUCGAUUCCGUACAUCUCGGAUAAUUAUCGACUUGUGACAGCUUGCAACUCCGAGGGCUCUACUCAGUUACUACUGCUGGAUGUAGAAAAUGGUGAGCUUUUCGAGCUUGGUGACUGCCGUUUGGCCUCAAAAAAGCCGAUCCUGUCAUGUAUAGGUUUUCAGAAGGGUGAAGCUGAGGCGAUAAUUGCCGGACUAGCAGUUGGUUCUACUGAUGGUUUGGUGACACUGUGGGACCUAAGCUUGUUGCUGAAGAAAAUAGGUUCGAUUGUUCAAUCCCAUCACGACUUGAGACAGCUUAAGAAAAAGGUGCUGUGGCUGAUAAGCGAGUUACAGCCAUGUGGGAGCUACUUGGCGCAUGAUAUGGGCACAAACUGCAUCGAUCUUGUCUCCUCUGCGAAAAGCACGGAAGAGGGGAGCCUUGAUGUAACGCUCAUCAGCGGCGGAGACGACCAGGGCUUGAAUCUGCAUGAGCUACGCUUUCCAUCGUGCCAAAAGCUGUUUGAAACUCGGAUAGUAAAUGCUAGUGGUUCAGCUAUCAAAACGGUUGCAUGUGUGAAUGCCCAACGCAUUUAUGCAGCCGGUUACGAUCAACGAUUGAGCAAAUGGAGUAUUCUGCGCGAUGAAAACGGCAAAUCUAGACUAGAGUGGCAAGGUGCGACAAUCUCGGAAUGCGCCGACAUUGCCGACCUUGCAAUUCGGAAAACCCUAGAUGGAGAAGCUGACGAAGUUGUAGUUGUUGGUCAAGGCCUACAGAUGAUUCAGUUCCAAUGCACAUCGUUUGAAAAAGCGUUAAAAUUGCAACAACAAGAAAGGAAUGAAUAG